CCACUUUGGCCAAUCAAGUCUAAUGUCACAUGACUUUGUUUACAUUUGUUUUCAUUGUAUUAAACUUUUUCUACAGUUUACAACAAAAUAGUGAAAAUAAGAUUAUUAAUAAUAUUAUCUGGAUAAUCUAUAUCAGGGAGAAUGGAUAGGGAUUAUAAAACGGUCGUGCAAGGUGAAGCAUCAGAAUCUGAAGAUGAUUCAGAAGAAGCUAAGUUGGAACAGAAUGAACCUAAUGCCAUUGUGAUUGAAGGGGAAGCUUCAGAAUCUGAUGAAGAAGAACUUGACACAAGUCUGCAAAGUCCCAAUAGAGAAUUACCUCCCCUUAAACUGGAGCACUCUGUGUCAUUUGAUUCUAAUGAUGACAUUUCCAAUGUACCAACACUGUCAUUAAAACAAGCAGGAAAGCCCAAGUUUGAGAAUGUGCUCAACAGAAAACUAUGGGAGAGCAAUUUGUCACUGUGCAAUAAUUUGAAUGGUAUUGCGAGUCAGGCAUUUUUAUCUGCUGCUAAGGACCUGAACAACUGUGGUCAGCAGCUGUCUAGAUCACAUGCAUCCAUUCAGGAUGUGUCCCAUCAUAUGCGACUGAUGACAAAUGAUUUAUUUAAUCUUCAAGACAAGAUUGACAUCAUUGCUACUUGCAAAAUUUUACCACAUAUUAACAUACCAAUAUAGCCCAACUUGUCUGUACCUAUGUAAUUUCUAUUGAAAUUUUAAAAAUGUAUUUGUAUUAAAUGUCUUGUGAAUAAAAAGAGCCUUCCUUUGAUGCUAUAAUUGCUACUGAAUAUUUUGUUUUG